GACACACCGAUCUCACUCUAAUCCUCUUUCUCUCUCUCUCUCGUGGCGAAACCCUCGACUUCGAGAUCGACAGGACGCUGAAACCCUACCCCGAGAUGAACAACUACCACAUCUACGUGGUGGUCGGCAAAGGAAAGCACUCGUUGGUUUAUAAAGGGAGAAAGAAGAAGACGAUUGAGUAUUUUGCGAUAAAGAGCGUGGAGAAAUCCCAGAGGUCGAAAAUUCUUCAUGAAGUUCGGAUGCUUCAUUCUCUGAAUCAUCCAAAUGUACUGAGGUUUUAUUCUUGGUAUGAAACCACCGCUCACCUUUGGCUGGUUCUAGAGUAUUGUGUUGGUGGUGACCUCAUGACAUUAUUGAAACAGGACACACAACUUCCUGAAAGUUCCAUCCAUGAUUUGGCUUUUGACUUGGUGAAAGCUCUCCAGUUCUUGCAUUCGAAGGGAAUUAUUUACUGCAAUCUAAAGCCGUCAAACAUUUUACUGGAUGAAUUUGGAUUUGCCAAGCUUUGUGAUUUUGGAUUGGCUAGGAGAUUAAUUGAUAUUGAAAAGAAUACUAUUGCUGCGCUGCCUCAAUCAAAGCGUGGAACUCCGUGUUAUAUGGCUCCUGAGUUGUUCCAUGAUGGAGGGAUCCACUCUUACGCUUCUGAUUUAUGGGCUCUGGGGUGUGUGCUAUAUGAAUGCUAUACUGGAAGGCCACCUUUCACAGGGACUGAGUUUACCCAGUUAGUGAAGUCAAUUAUUUCGGAUCCCAUACCAGCUCUCCCAGAUAACACAUCCAACUCAUUUGUGAGCCUGAUCAAUGCACUUUUGGUCAAAGAUCCAGCUCAAAGAAUAGAAUGGACUGAACUUUGUGAACACAGUUUUUGGAGAACCAAGGUUGCUUCUGUAUCUCUACCUACUCAGCCUGCAUUCAAUAAUAUGGUUCAAGUCUUACAUAAACCAUACCUGUCAGAUAGAAAUGGUGAUAAAAUUUCUCAAUCAAGAACUCCUCAAAAGCGGCAAGAAAGCAAGAUGAGAGCCCAUAAACAAGAUGAAAGUUCUCGUUCUGGGAACAAAGCUAUUGAAACGCCAGUUAGAAAUGCACAGAAUAAUAGGAAAAAUAAUUUAAAACAUUGUGGGAAACUUGACACUGCAAAGGGUUUAAAUCUUGUUAGGAUGUCAAGGAUGGCCAAGCUGAAUUUACAGAGAGAGAACGAGAAAGAGAACUAUAGACGUCCAACAGCAGAGACAUGCGAUGAUGAUGCCGAAGUAAAAAUUGAGAAUAAUGAUAUGGAACUUGAUUUUAAUGAGAACCCUGAAGAUGAAGUAACUGAUGAUGCUGAUGGAUCUGAAAAUUCUUGCAUUAUAUCUGCUGAAUUACAAGCUGAAAAUACUGAUAAAAAGAAUGAAGAGAGAGAACAAAAUAUGGAUCACCCAAGUAUCGCCGCUGAUGAUGAAUUAGUUGAUCAUAAGAAACCAGAACAAGACACUUCUUCGGAGCAUCGCGAUGUGACUGCUACCCCACCUAGUGUCUGCAGUAGGAAUACACAGCACGUCAAGACAGUUGCUGAACCUGCAACUGAUUCAGAUUCUGCUGGGUCAUCCACUAAAUUAUUUGAAGUUUUUUGGCAUCCAUCAGAUCUUGCAGUAAAGCCAGUGAUGCCAAGUAGAAAAGGUGAUAGAGCUGCAGAUGCUAUUCCAAAUCUUCCUUUUGAAUCUUUUUCUCCAAGUGAUUAUGGCAAGUUGCCAGCAGAAAAAAUGAAUGCACUGAAUGGUAAGAUAAUUCAUGUGUUAAAUGGAAGUUCUCAUGUUUUAGAGAAGCAGAAUAUCAUUAGAUACUUAGAAAUUUUAAGUGGAAAUAGUGACGCAGCCAAUAUAAUUAUUAAUGGGCCUGUGAUGUUGUCGCUUAUAAAAAUGCUGAGACUUUCAAAAAUAUCUACUCUGCGGGUUCAAAUUGCUUCAGCAAUGGGCCUUUUGAUUCGGCAUUGCACCUUUAUUGAAACCGAACUUGCAAAUUCUGGUAUUAUAAAUUCACUGAUGGAUGGCUUAAGGGACAAGCAUGACAAAGUAAGACGAUUUUCUAUGGCUGCUCUUGGGGAGUUGCUUUUCUAUAUUUCUACUAAAAAUGAACACAACUGCAAUGAUGGAGAUACUGUUGAAUCUCCAUCGAAGGAGAUAAAAGCUACAUCUUGUUGGCAGGUUACAAGUUCUGUCAUUGCACUGGUCUCAUCCAUCUUGCGCAUGGGAGAGGAUGAUAUAGCCCAGCUUUAUGCUCUAAGAACAAUUGAAAACAUUUGCAGUCAAGGAGGAGAUUGGGCAUCUCGUUUUGCCAGUCAGGAUGUAAUUGCAAAUCUCUGUUAUAUAUACAAGGCGACAGGAAAACAUGAAAAUACAAGGUUUAUUGCUGGAUCUUGUUUAGUACGCCUUUGUCGUUUCUGUUCCUCAUGCAUACAGUAUGUGUUUGAGAAAUUGCCGCUCAGAGAUGUUGCCUCUGCUUUAGUUAAGGGAAAUCCACGCGAGCAGCAGAUUAGUUUAAAUCUUCUCAAUAUGUCAAUUUUAAGCAUGCAAGGGUUGUCGAACAUGAACAGAAAUCUUCAUUCCCUGGGGGAAGAAAAACACUUGGUGCCAGUUCUUUUGUCACUAAUUGAGCAAGGGACUGAAAUUUUACGAGGAAAAACUCUUAUGUUUGUGGCUCUUCUUUGUAUUAACAGCCGUAGAUGGCUUUCUCAGUUUCUUGGAAAUGUUAAGUUGCUUUAUGCAGUUGAUAGACUGGGAAAAGAGAAGGAUGGGUUUAUUCAGCAGUGUAUGGAAUCAUUUGUGUGUUUAAUUGUUACUACAAUUCCAGGUAUUCUUGAAACUGUGUCUGUUGAUAUGCAACAGAUGAUGGCUGGUAAACGCCAUGGGCCUACUGUUGCUCUUGCUAGCCGGGGUAACCCAAAGAGCAGUGCCAAUGUACUUCCAGUGAUUCUUCAUCUUCUUGGAAGCUCUUCCUUUAAACAUCGGGUAGUCAACAAUCAUGUCUUGCUCCAGUUGACGAAUCUGAUCAAACUUUUAGAGAUACCUUUUCAGGGAAGAGAAGAUUUUCAAAUUACGUUGCUUCGAGUGCUUGAAACAAUUAUAGAAGAUCCUUCUGUUAUUCUAGAUGGCCCCACAAUAUUUACAGGUAGGAUUCUUCCUAGCCUGGCCAUUAUAUACAAUGGCAACAGAGAUGGAGAUGCCAGGUUUUUGUGCUUGAAAAUUUUGUUUGAUGCAAUGGUUGAUAUCUUUGAUGAUCCUUCCUUAUAUAACAUGGAGCAAAUAUUGGAGGACAUAAAGUUGAUAUCUCGAACUUAUUUCCUUCCUCUUUACCCUGCAUUGAUUGAAGAUGAAGAUCCAAUUCCUAUGUAUGCCCAGAAGCUUCUAGUAAUGCUGAUUGAAUUUAACUAUAUAAGAGUAUCAGAUAUAGUGGAUCUGAAAGCAGUUACACGUUGCUUUGGAUUUUUGCAUGGUGACCUUUCAAAUGCUAAUGUGAAUGACGUAAAACUUUGUCUAGCAUUAGCUUCUGCUUCUGAGACAGAAACUAAGCUUCUGUCUCAAUUACGAGUGGCAAGAAAAAUAGGAAAUCUUUUGGAAUUUGUGAGUGCAAAGGAAAUGGAGGAUUUUCUGGAACCAACAUUACAACUUUGCAAAGCAUUUAUUUUGCGGGGUAUUGGACAUGAGAAGGGUGUAGCCCUUUGCAAAGAACCAUCUCUUCUAUGCAAUAAUGCCUUCAACAUGAGUAUUGCUGUUGAUCAGCAGCACUGCAUCAAGGAUGUCUGUGACUUUGCCAGUAACCUCAGUGUCUUCCUGGACUUGUUAAGGAACCCGAAAGCAUCAGUUGUUGAUUUGUCAUCGGAGUGUGUGGUCCUGCUGCUUAAAGCAGCACCACGAGAAGCCACCACGGGCAUUUUAACAAAACUUCAAAAAAUCAGCAAACUUAUGGAAUUCUUAGUUAAUAAUGCCUUUGGCAUACAUAUUCUUCGUCUUCUGUAUGCUCUUGCCUUCUCUUGUAGGCAAUACCUCUCCCAUGCACUGAUUUUGUCAAUACCGGCAUCGGCAAUUUCAAGUAUAGAAACCCUUCUUUUAACUCUUAAGAACUCAGCUAUUCCUGGAAUCCAAGAGGCUGCUGUGAAUUUAACACUUGAAUUGCAACGGCUCCCUCGUCGCUUAUGAGAUUAUUUCAUACUAGAUAAAUUUGGUGAGCCUUUAGUGGUCUGUUUUGUCACCGAUGUUAUACUUAUUAUCACUGUUCAUCUUGGCUUCAGGGAUGAUGACAUGGCCAUUUAUAGUUAGAUUACGUAUUGUAUUUCAUCUGAGUUCAACUUGCUCAUUAGACAUACGACAUGUCAAUUAUCUUUCAUAUGUUGAUCUAAAGAUCUACAAAUUCUCAUCA